UACGCUCCGCCGUGGCUGCUGCUUGUUUAGCGGGGGUCGCCUUGACUCCAGUGGGCGGCUUCAUUGUUUUUUUGUUUUGCCCACCGCGAUCCGUAAGGGAAAGAAAGGCGGAGGAAAGGCCACGCACGGCUGGGCGCGCUUGGCGGCAGGAGGAGGCGCGACGGGGCUGUUUUGUUCACCACCGACGGACUCUCCGACCGACUGACCGACCCAACCAACGCCGUUCGGCGCUCCUGUCAGUCGGUGAGGGGCGCGGGUAGGAGGCGGGUUCCUUCUUCUUGCCCUCGUUGGCGGGUAUGAGAAGGCCCUGCCGAACGGCAGCAGCACAAACUGCGGUCCUGCAGAGCCUGACGCAGAACCGGGCCCGGAGCCUCGACUGCUCCUGACAACGCAACCCACAGCCUCCGCCGCCGCCGUCUCGCCAUGCGUCCCGCGCGGUGGUGGUCGGGGCCGGCCCUGGCUUUGGCCUUGGCCGUGGCUCUGGCUGGGAUGGGCACCUGGAGCCUGGCCAAGGUUUGUCCAAGUAUAGACAUCCGGAAUAACAUGACCAAUUUCAGCCUGCUUGAGAAUUGUACUGUGGUUGAGGGACAUUUGCAGAUCUUGCUUUUGUUCAGAACUAAGGCUGAGGAUUUUCGAGAUCUCAGCUUUCCUAUGCUGACAAUGGUAACUGAAUACGUCUUGCUAUUCCGGGUCUACGGUGUGGAGAGCUUCAGGAGGCUUUUCCCCAAUCUGACUGUGAUCCGUGGGACUCAUCUCUUUUUCAACUAUGCUUUGGUCAUCUUUGAGAUGGUUCACUUGAAAGAGAUUGGCCUUUACAGCCUGAUGAACAUUACCCGAGGGUCUGUACGGAUUGAGAAGAAUGCUGAGCUCUGCUUUUUGUCAACCAUUGACUGGUCUCGGAUUUUGGACUCUGUAGAAGAUAAUUAUAUUGUUGCUAACAAAGAUAAUAAUGAGUGUGGACAUGUAUGCCCAGGAACAAUGCAAGGGAAAAGCACCUGUCCUCAAACUGUGGUCAAUGGUGAUUUCACUGAGCGUUGUUGGAGUCAUGCCCAUUGCCAGAGAGUGUGUCCUCCCGCAUGUAAGUCUCAGGGCUGUACCUCAACUGGCAAGUGCUGCCAUACAGAGUGCCUUGGCAACUGCAUUGAGCCCAACAAUCCAGAGAAGUGUGUGGCAUGCCGGAAUUUCUUUUUGGAUGGCAGGUGUAUAGAAAAAUGUCCACCUAAUUACUAUCGCUACAAAGGCUGGCGGUGUGUGACUUUCAACUUCUGUCAGGAGCUACACAAUAAAUGCAAGAUGGCCCGCAAGUCCGAAUGCCAUGUUAUCCACAAUGGCGAAUGCAUCUCUGAGUGCCCUUCCGGUUACAUCUUGAACUCUACCAACUUGCUCUGCACACCCUGUGCGGGUCUUUGUCCCAAAACCUGUGAUAUGGGUGAGGGAAAGAUAAUAGAUUCGGUUACUGCUGCACAGGCUCUCCGAGGCUGCACCGUUGUGAAUGGAAGCUUGACUAUCAACAUUCGUGGAGGAACUAACAUUGCUGCUGAGUUGGAAGCCAACCUUGGUUUGAUUGAAGAAAUAACAGGUUAUUUGAAAAUUCGUCGCUCCUAUGCCCUGGUGUCUCUCUCUUUUUUCCGCAAGCUGCAUCUGAUCAGAGGACAGACUUUGGAAGCAGGAAAUUAUUCAUUUUAUGCCCUGGACAACCAGAAUCUCCGCCAGCUUUGGGACUGGAGCAAACACAAUCUCACUAUUGCCCGAGGGAAGCUGUUCUUCUACUACAACCCCAAAUUGUGCCUGUCAGAAAUCCAUAAGAUGGAAGAGAUCUCAGGAACAAAAGGGCGCCAGGAGAAGAAUGAUAUUGCUCUCAAGACCAACGGUGACCAGGCUUCUUGUGAGAAUGAAUUGCUGAAGUUUACUAAGAUAAAAACAUCCAGUGACAAAAUUGUACUGAAAUGGGAGCCAUAUUGGCCACUGGACUUCCGUGACCUUUUGGGCUUCAUGGUGUUCUAUAAGGAAGCUCCCUUUCGGAACGUGACGGAAUUUGAUGGCCAGGAUGUUUGUGGCUCCAACAGCUGGACGGUGGUGGAUAUUGAACCUCCUUCCCGGGCAUCCGAUGCCAAACUCAAAGACCCUGGAUAUCUGAUGCGGGGCCUGAAAGCCUGGACUCAGUAUGCCAUUUUUGUGAAGACACUGGUCACGCAUACAGAUGAGCAGAAAAUCUAUGGGGCAAAGAGCGAGAUCAUAUACAUUCGAACUAAUGCUUCUGUGCCAAGUGUCCCCCAGGAUCCAUUUUCUGUUUCCAACUCUUCAUCACAGAUCAUUCUGAAGUGGAAGCCACCGUCUCAUCCCAAUGGGAAUAUUACACAUUAUAUGAUAUCCUGGGAACAACAAAGUGAAGACAGUGAACUCUAUGAACUAGAUUAUUGCCUGAAGGGCUUGAAGCUACCCUCUUGGACAUGGUCUCCCCCUCUAAUAGAAGACAACUUCAAGCACAAUGGGACUGAGGGUGACAAAAGAAGUGAAAACUGUUGUACCUGCCCUAAAACAGACUCUCAGAUCAAGAGGGACUUGGAGGAAUCUGCCUUCAGGAAGACUUUUGAGAAUUACCUGCACAAUGAAGUCUUUGUUCAGAGGCCAGCAGAAGGAUCAAGGAGGCGACGAGAUCUUGGGAGAGUUGCUAAUAGCACCAUGGUGGCUCCAACCAUGCUGGGCUUGCUAAACAUGUCCACGACAACACCGGAGGUCCCAGAGGAACCGAAGCCUUUUCAGAUGAUGGUUUUCAAGGAGUCCGUAGUCAUAUCCAACUUGCAACACUUCACAGGGUACCGGAUUGAGAUCCAAGCCUGUAACCGUGAAGCUUUAACAGUAUGCAGCGUUGCAGCCUAUGUCAGCGCCAGGACCAUGCCAGAAGUGAAAGCAGAUGACAUCGUUGGACCGGUGACUCAUGUGUUAAUAGACAAGAAUGCAGUCCACUUAAAGUGGCAGGAGCCGAAGGAGCCAAAUGGCCUGAUCAUCCUCUAUGAAAUAAACUAUGGACGCCUUGGAGACUCAGAGGAACAACGCCAUUGUGUGUCUCGUCGACAGUUCUCCAGUGAGCAGGGCUACAAGCUGAAAGGGCUGCAGCCUGGAAACUUCAGUGUGCGCAUCCGAGCUACUUCCUUGGCUGGGAAUGGGUCAUGGACAGAACCCAUCUACUUUUACAUUUCUGAUUAUUUGAAUGCUCCCACCAAUCUUAUAGCCAUCAUUGUUCCAAUCAUUUCCGCUGUCUUUUUAAUCAUGUUUAUUGGAGGAGCUUAUGUCUUUAUCAAAAAAAGGCAAACAGAAGGACCAACAGGACCACUCUAUGCGUCUUCUAAUCCAGAGUAUCUCAGUGCCAGUGAUGUUUACAUCCCUGAUGAAUGGGAGGUCCCACGGGAGAAAAUUGCCCUCCUGCAAGAGCUGGGACAAGGCUCCUUUGGCAUGGUGUAUGAGGGAAUUGCCAAAGAUAUUGUGAAAGGCGAGGCAGAGACACGAGUAGCAGUCAAAACGGUUAACGAAUCUGCCAGCCUGCGUGAGCGUAUUGAGUUCCUCAACGAGGCAUCUGUGAUGAAAGGUUUCAGCUGCCACCACGUGGUUCGUCUCUUAGGAGUAGUAUCAAAAGGGCAACCAACACUAGUAGUUAUGGAGCUGAUGGCACAUGGAGACCUGAAAAGCUAUUUGAGGUCUUUACGGCCAGAUGCAGAGAAUAAUCCUGGCCGGCCGCCUCCAACUCUCCAAGAGAUGAUUCAGAUGGCUGCUGAGAUUGCUGAUGGCAUGGCUUAUCUGAAUGCCAAGAAAUUCGUCCAUAGAGAUUUGGCAGCGCGAAACUGUAUGGUGGCUGAAGAUUUCACAGUCAAAAUCGGAGACUUUGGCAUGACCAGAGAUAUCUAUGAGACAGACUAUUACCGCAAAGGAGGAAAAGGUCUGCUGCCUGUGCGCUGGAUGGCUCCAGAGUCACUGAAGGAUGGUGUCUUUACAGCCUAUUCCGAUGUGUGGUCUUUUGGCGUUGUCCUUUGGGAGAUCAGCAGUUUAGCAGAGCAGCCUUACCAAGGACUCUCCAAUGAGCAGGUCCUCAAGUUUGUCAUGGAUGGGGGUUGCCUUGAAUGGCCAGAAAACUGUGCAGAGAGACUCCACAACCUCAUGCAGAUGUGUUGGCAGUACAAUCCCAAGAUGCGCCCUUCCUUCAUCGAGAUCAUUGAAAUGCUGAAGGAUGAUCUUCACCUGACUUUCCGAGAAGUCUCCUUUUUCUAUAGUGAGGAGAAUAAGCCACCAGAAACAGAAGAGUAUGAGCUGGACUUUGAAAACAUGGAGAGCAUCCCUCUUGACCCAGCCUCUUACACUCAGCGGGAUGAGAUCCUAGGGCGGGAUAAUGGGCCCUCUCUAGGGUUCAAAGGGAACUAUGAGGAGCACAUCCCUUACACUCACAUGAAUGGUGGCAAGAAGAAUGGCCGUAUCCUCUCCAUGCCUCACUCAAGCCCAUCCUAAUAGCUCCCCUGGCUUUUCCUCAUGAUACAAAUCUCAGGACUUGCAGUAUUGCUGGUACAGCAUUUGAGACACACCGACUCACUUUCUAUUCAGAUUUUUAAUCAUCAAAACAGAAUGACCAUUUGGGAUAGGGGAGGGUGUCUUGUGUGUUUCUGUUCUCUUCUUCUUUUUUGGUGCAACAAUUCACUUGCUGUCAGCAGACUUUUAUCUGUGAAACAAAUGGACAGUUCUGUGGCUGCUGAUCUCCUUGUGCGACUCUUGAUUUUGAGAUGGGAAGUGAUUUUACACAGUGACGUCAGAAAAGAGAACUUCGGUCUACCCUUGUUCUGCGCAGAGGAACGACGGGUUCUCUCUACUACUGCAGGGAAGGGAGCCUUGGACUGGAUCAUUCCCAAGCAGAACCUGAAGCUCUUCUCUUCUGCCAGCCUCUCUGGAGAGCCUCUUUUGUGAUUUUUAGCAUUUAAAAAAAAAAAAAAGACUGAAGGAUCUUCAGGAUGUGUGUGGAAUAUGGUCUGUCUUUUUCCUUUGAUUUGACCAACAGCUGCUGCUUUUCUCCUUAAUGGAUUAACUAACUAGUAUGUGUGCCCUGAAUGUGUAUGUGUGUGCGUAUGGAGGUAGAGGUGAAAAUGGAUAAGUCCUUUUGUACAUAAGUUUUAUCUAACCACAGAGGUGAGAGGGUGUCCCUGUCCUUCCUGCCUGGCCCAAAUUCCUCUGACACGAAUGAAUUUUGAAUACAUUAUUUUUAUACUAAAGAACUCUUUGGGGGGGUUGCAUCUCCUCUGCCAUUCAGCAAAACGAGGUAGCCAAAGUGGUAGCCAAUAUUCUGUUUAGGAUUUUGUGAGACAUUACAAGACUAAACAAGGCAAAACAAGCCAAAUUCUCUCCCCUUCUUCUUACCGACCUGCCUCAUGACUCUAGAGCUCUGGUUAGCAUUAAGUGUAUAUGUUUGUUGUGACAUAUUUAAAUCAUAGAUAGUGAUCCACCGUAUAAAUUAUUGACACCUUCCUCGAUCUUGUUUGUUUGUUUAUUUGUUUAGCUUUUGCCCUAUCAAGGGGAAAAGAGGAGGAGCUUGCUUGUUUGGUCUUUAAGGGGCCUUAAGUGUGUAAGCUGAUUCUGGCAAGUUAAGUGCUAGGAGAUAUAGUGCACAAACCUGUACUUUAAUAUUCAUAUGAUAGAGUGGCAAGUGCAUAUUAAUUUUUCAAAAUACCCCACCCCCGUUACGCAAAUUCUGAAACAGUUGGACACCAACAGUGAAAUCAAGCCUUAGCAGCUCUUACCGGAGGUCUCUUAGCUCUGAAAGUUACAUGGAGCCUGGCUACCUUUUACUGAUUUCUGUUACUCUUCCCCUUCCCAAUUUGUGGGGGUUGUUUCAGUAUGUGUCUGGACCAGGGAAGAGCUACAUAAUCUCUCAACUAGAAAACAUUCUAGCUAAGGGAGAGAAAAAAGAAUCAAAACCAGCUCCUUCUGCUUACAUGGAGCAAAGUGAUCAUGUAAAUUGAACUCUGGAACAUCCACACGCAGCCUGUGAGUCAGUGGUUGUGGUUUUCCCCUUGGGUUUCUCCUGCCAUUUCUGUUUAAUAAGCACAGUGUAUGAUGGGGCCAGAGAGUAAAUAUCCAGUGGCACACUAUCCGCCCCCCAAUUUACUUGCACACCUUUGUGUAAAAUGAACAGAAGCAACGCAGGCACCUUCCUCAGACCUGCACUCAAACUUCUGUGGAAGAACUGUGUGGAAGAAAAUAGGAUUUUCCGAAGUGUUAUCUGUUCCAGCAUUUUGUUCCAUCAGUGGUUAACCAGUGCCCCAGUUGGUAACCUCCAAGGAAAGGCAGCCUUGUUGGUCCCAAAACAAUUGAUGCUCAACUAUUACUUAUGGAUAUGGAGCUUGGAGGGUCUGUACUAUAGUCUGUUGAAAAUUUAUCUUUUAAAAUCCUGUAGGCCCAAAGACUGCUAGAAGAUGAAUUUAAAAAGGGAAGCAGAGAAAGAUGGCAUAUUUUUAAAGUUUACCAAUUAGAAAGGAUAUAAUCUUUUUACAUGUGUGCCAAUGCUAUCUUCGUUUGUUUCUCCAUCAGUGAAUAUUAUGUAUUUCAGUCCCCAUCGGUAUAGAGUAUGUGUUCGGAAGUACUUCUCUUGAGGUUAUGAAGUUCAGAAGAAGCUUCUGAAUUUAGUUUUCAAAUGGUGUCUCCCCAAUCUCCAGUGCACUUUAACCUUUUUGUUGCCUGCCCAUACCUUCCCCCAGUCUUCCCCAUAAGUAUGUGGGUUCUGUCUUAAUCAUGUAUAUCUCUGAAGUUCCAACUUCACAUUUCAAGUGCUCUUCAGUGCAAGAUGAAUCUGUUCAUCUGCUGAAAAAGGACCUCACCAGAAGCUUUCUUUAUCUUAGUUUUCCUGUGUUUUACAUAAGCUUUUAAUUUUUUUUCCUUAUAAUGUGAAUUUUUAUGAAAAAUUAAACAACAAAAGGAUUGUGUUAUCAUUAUUAAAAAAAAAAAAGCAAAUUUUAGGAGUUUGGGUUUCAAAUCUGUUUAAACCUUAAACUCUUGAACUUGUCAGUGUUUUACAAUUAAGCCUUGCAGGCUAGCAGAGCUGGUGUGUAGCUCUUCUUAUUUUAGCCCAUCUGUUUCUCCAAUUAGUUGGCAUGAAAGAAGAAGGAUGGUCUCCAGGGAUUUUCUCUUUUUCACUUCCCUCUUUCAUCCUGAAGUGCUUCUAGAUUUAUUUAUUUUUUUGGAAGCAAAACAAUGUUCACCCAACAUUUGAGAGUGAUCAUCUCACCUACAUAAUUGCUUUAUUGAUUUUGGGGGCUAGGGGGAGAUGAGAAAUUAAAACUAAUGAGUUGUCUUAAAAUCCUAAAACAAGCAUUUCUAGAUAAUUUUAUAUCGUCCAACUGGAUAUCCUUACAUGGAGAAGUCUGAACUAGCAUCCCUGUGAUUGAGAACAUGGACGUGCCAGUGCUUUGAGUCUUUGAGGGAGGAGAGCUUGAGCAGAUCUGACCAUCCCAAAGAGGAUUUCUGCUCUUCUUGUAGGCAUAGCAGAAAGGUUGCCUUAGAAGCCCAUCAACUUCUUCCCAGUUCAUGUGUGUAUAUGAUCACAGAACACAGUUUUUGAUUGUUGGGUUUUUAUAUAUAAAAAAGCCUCUUGUUUUAAAAUAAAGGAUCAACAUGUGCCAUGGUUUUGAAAAAAAAAAAUAGAGAAUAUACUCACUUGAUUUAUUUUUUCAGUGCUUUCAUAUAAGAGUCGAGCAGUGAUAUGUACAGAGAGUAUCUUUGAAUAUAAAAGUAAAAAUUUGCUGUGUGUAAAAUAUUAAACAAUUAACUGUUUAUAUUAAAAAUAAAUUCUGAAUAAAUUAUCCAAG